CAGAAACUCUUGCACCCACUCCCUUUGGCUCCCCUCCCUGCAAAUCACUAAAUAUGUCCUUCCCACACAGCCGCUGAGCUCCGCUGGCCCAGAGCCUGUGACACUGAAUUGUCUUUCUGAUUCAAUAAUCCAGCAGAAUUCCACCAGCCCACUGCCCCCACCUCGCCCCAUGGAAGCCUAGGAUUCCUUGUUCAACCAAGACCCAAAGAGUACCAUCCUCCUUCACUGACACUUGCAGCACAAGGCACAUGGUGGCAAGGUCUGUUCCAGACACCAAAACACAUCUCAAGAAAAGCAGCAACAUUUUGCAAGGCUCAAGGAUUUCUGGUACAUCAGUGGCAGGCCAAGAAGGAGCACCUCUUCUACUGCUAUGAAAGGAAACCUCUAAGCUCUACCCCUGUACCAUCAACUAUUGUCCUCUACAAGAUCUGGAAAACAUGAAGGCUGUAGCCCUCUUCAUUUGUCUUGUAGGACCAGUUUUUGCUAUUUCAACCCAUCCUGUAAACCACAAGCUCAGAACUCACAGACAGAAAACUCCAGAAAAGAGUGAAUAUAUUCAUCCAGAAGCUUCAAAGGAAGAGAACACAGGCUAUGUAGAUGAGGAUGAUUUGCUGCCCACUCCCAGAAACUUAAAACCAGGCUCUGAAGACAGGGAUGGGCCCCAGACCAUGAGGAAGCAAGAAAGAACUGGGAGCAAGCAUCAAGUGAAAAACAGCCUGAAAAGCAUUGAUUUCCUUGCACUGCACAAUAAACUAGGUUUGGUUUCAGAUACCCAGGACAGUGACUCUGGGAGCAGCGGCAGAGAACAGUCCAGCUCUGAGCACGACCAGCUCAGGAAUCAUGAGAAACAUGGGAACACGGCAAACCAACACCUUCCAGGCCACACAGAACACCCAGUGGGUGCUUUCAGCCUUGAGCAUGAGCAUAACAUGUGGAAAUAUAACAAAAAUGCUGUUGGCCUGUCUGAAAAAAACAGUGAAAACGAUGAUGAGGAAAGCAUGGAAGAAGAGGACGAGAAAUGGGGUGAAGAAACUGAUUACAGAGACACAAAACACAAAGACCAUCAGACACAUCAAGGUGACCAAUACAAAAGACAGGAACAUGAGAACAGCAUGCAAUUAGAUGAUGAACUGAGAGAUUCCAGACAACUAACCUGGAAAACCAAGAGACACAGCAAGAAAUUUGACCUAGAGGAAGAAGAGAGGGAGAACAGGAAGAAGUCCUAUGAAGAAGAAAUCCCCCUCUCUCAAAAAACCCAUAAUGAAUAUCAGGAUGGCAAACAGCAAAGUCAAGAGAGAAACUACCAUAUUCAAGUGAACUACCAGAGUGAUCAUGACACGGUGGGGAAAACACAAGAUAGGGAAGACAGUAAUGACGAUGACAGUCAUGACAGUGGUGGUGAGGAAUAUCUCAGCAAUACCUGGAAAGACACAGCCUAUGAGGAAGAGGAGAGAAUCCAGAGUAACGACCAGGAGAGCACCAGUACCGAGCCUGGAGGGGAAGGAACCAUUGAAGAUGACACUGCAGUUCACAGAGAGACUGAGGAUUACCAAGUUGUCAAAAUUAAAGACCUUGCUCACUCUGAACAAGAUUACUAUGCUCAUGAGCCACCCAAUUCUGACAACAAGCAGCAACUGAAAAUGAGUAGCUCCAUUCAGAACAUGAAUUCAAUGGACAGUGAAGAUAAGGUUAAGACUACAGACAGUUCCCAUGGUGAGAUGGAAAGUGCCAGCAGCAGGAAUGAGGAGGCUCUCAUAGGACUGCCAGACACAUGUCGGAACUUCCACUGCAAAAGAGGCAAAGUCUGUCAUGCAGACAAACAAGGGAAACCCCACUGCAUUUGCCAAGAUCCUGCUGCUUGCCCUCCCACCAAAGACUAUGAGCAUGUUUGUGGUACGGAUAACAAGACUUAUGAUGGCACAUGUCAGCUCUUUGGCACCAAAUGUCAACUGGAAGGGACAAAAAUAGGACGCCAGCUGCACCUAGACUAUAUGGGCUCCUGCAAAUACAUCCCCCCCUGUACUGAUUAUGAAGUGGAUCAGUUUCCCCUCCGGAUGCGAGACUGGCUUAAGAACAUCCUUAUUCAAUUUUAUGAACGUGACCUGAACACUUCUGGGAUUCUAACUGAAAAGCAAAGGAAUAAGGUAAAAAAGAUCUAUCAGAACGACAAGCGCCUUGGGGCUGGUGACCACCCGGUUGAGCUGCUCCUGCAUGACUUUGAGAAAAAUUACCACAUGUAUGUGUAUCCUGUGCACUGGCAGUUUCACCAGCUUGACCAGCACCCUGUUGACAGAUUAUUAACACACUCGGAGCUUGCACCCUUGAGAGCCUCCCUUGUUCCCAUGGAACACUGCAUUACCCGUUUCUUCCAAGAGUGCGAUGGAGACAAGAACAAACUCAUUGCUUUGAAGGAAUGGUGCCACUGCUUUGGGAUUAAGGAAGAGGACAUAAAUGAAAAUCUCCUUUUCUGAGCCCAGCUGAACAGACUCCCACUACUGUACUAAAAUUGAUGAAUCCUGCUUACUUUUGUAAUUAACAGCUUAAGAGCCUUCAAGAAAAUGGUGGAAUGAGGUUCACUGAACUCUUACCAAACAACCCAAGCGCAGAAAAUUCCUACAUUCAUUAACAGCAGAAAAGUUUAACUACUUCAUAGCUAAAAAACAGUGUUGCCCCCCCACAUGUAUCCAUGAUCUUUCUGAACCAAUAAAUACUACUAACCUAAUGACUAUGCUGUUUACAAAACUCUUCAGUAGAAUGAUAGAAUGUAGAUGUUAUCACCCACUGAAAUGGGAUCUGUUUCCUUUAUUUACUGUAUUGUCAGCUUAACAUGCUGCAUAGAAGUCUCAAAUAAAAUAGAAGUCUAUUGGAGAUAUGGGUUUCAUCACAACUUUGUUGAAGAAAAUUGUGUUUCUUGCACCUUUGCCCAUCUUUUGCUCUCCUCAAGAGAGGCACAAUUUAAGCAUAAAAAAACCUCAGGACAGGAUAAGAUUAUUCCUGAAUCCUCAUAAAUUGGUGAUUUUAAGGUAAGCACUUCACUGAAAACAUUCCAUUCUGCUUUAAGGAAAAAGCCCCAAAUGCUAUUCCCACAAAGGAUGAUCAGCAAACACCUUUCACCUGUACCAUGUCAUCUCUCCAAAGAAAAGAAGAUGGGAGUGAGAAAUGCUAUUUUGAUAGCUUAAAUAGUGGAAGUCCCAUCCCCUCUGCUAAUUUGCUCUUGAACCAGCAAAGGCUGAUAAUUGUAGUCCUGUGUCAGGCUGAUGCCCUGGGAUACAAUGAAUUAAGCUAGCUGUGAUUAUUUUCAACACAAUGACUUCUUACACAAACCAAAGAUUACUUCCUAGCACUGCCAUUUUUUUUCCAUAAUCCUGACUUGUUGCUCACUUCACAUUCUGCAACAUUACACAGCAGUGUAAAUAACUCAGCCUGGACAGCAUGUACAAAAGCACAUUCUCUAUGCUAGUUCCAUUUGGAAAAGAUCCUUUCCCUGGGACGUCAAAUAUCUUGGAAGAGAAAGUAAUUUUGACAGCACUUUUCCAGCCUGGCUGCAGCCACCUGCUUAUUUGCUCUGUCUUUUGUUUACCCCACACAGGGUUGGGUGGCAAAAACACAGCUCUCAAACUGCAAGUACACUGCCAGUACACAGCUGGCCUCAAAAGGUAAUGACUUUAACCCACAAAUGCCCAUUUCUUCAGGAAAAAGAAUUUAUGCUGCCUCUAGUUUGCAGCUUCAGUACUCUCAGUAUUAUCACCCGAGUACUCCUCCAGCAUCGCUACAGUCAGAAUAUCUACAGUGAAAAAAUAAACAACAAAUACUCUUUUCAUAACACAUUUCCACUGCCAAGCCUGUCGAUCCUCUAAGGAUUAGUAGCGGUUGUUACAAAAAAAACCUGCAGUUUUUAUCAGCUGAGAAGUAAACUAAUAACUCAAAACAUCUGAAGAAGUG